AUGAAUUCUGAUGCAAAUGAUAGUAACUGCACAAACACAAGUCCUGUCUCUCUUUCCCCUCAUGCAAAACAUGUAGAGACAGUAUCAAAAACGCCAUUACAGAGCGUUCAAGAAAAAGCAGAACAUUUGUAUCCAGCUAUUAUUGAAUGGGCUCGUGGCUGUGAGUCUGUAGGUGUGACUGGGUCAUUUAAUAAUUGGGGGUCUCAACUUCUACUCAAGAAACAGAAAUUAUCGGAUGGCACGCCACUUUUUAGUGUAAAUCUCUGGUUGCCAGUGGGUACACAUUUAUUCAAAUUCUGUGUCGAUGGAGCAUGGCAAUAUGAUCCCGAAGUAACAUUUGCUCCCGAUGGGUAUGGGAAUCUCAAUAAUUUUAUCAAAAUUCGACCCAUUGUGGACCCACAGACCAAGGAAAAACCGUUACAACGAGCUAUUCGAACCAUCAUUCGAGACGCUACUGAUGGUCUACCGGUUAUGAAUCCACGGGCAAGUAAAGAGCUGAUGAAACUUCGACUGCAAACGUCUCCCGUGCAGCGACCGCUCCGGUCUCCGACUUAUGAACACCUGGAUCAACCGGAUCCAACACCAAGAGCUACGCCAUUGACAACUCCUCGAAAACCUCAAGAAACGGAAGAUUUAGAAUACGGCAUUGACGUGAGCGAGCGACGCACGAGCAAUCAUAGCUUACUAGGUAAUAUGACAAGACCUAGAGCUAGCACGUUAACUAGGUCUAAGAGCGAAGAAUUACUCAGUAAUGCAGUGUCGAGCAAUGCUUUGGCUGCUGCCGAGAUGGCGCCCAAGUAUGUGAACUAUAUGGACGACGUCAUCACCAACUCAGUGCUACUAGCAGCGACGACUCAACACUUUGGCGGAGACCUGGUCACACAUGAACACAAUACUCGUGCUCAAUUAGGUGGACAUCGCUCUGUGCUGGUGAGUGGUCCGCACACUGCAAAGCAGACGGCUCCGCAGCAGCGCAGCGGUGGCAAGCUGAUUAUAUUUCUUGUAGGCCUGCCUGGUCGUGGCAAGACGUACAUUGGACACAUUCUGGCGCGUCAUCUGACGUGGAUGGGGCACCACUCACGCACGUUUAACACUGGAGAGUAUCGUCGGCGACUUGUUGGAUCGAAUGUAAACCACGUGUUUUGGGAUCCGUUGAACGAAGAAUCAUUUCAGAUUCGUACUGGUCUCGCCAAGAAAUGCCUGGACGACUCAAUUGCCGCACUAGAGAGCAACGAUUGCGACUGCGUUAUUUUUGAUGCUACAAAUGUGACGCGCAAACGUCGUCAGAUGUUGCUGAACGAGGUACACUCGCGCUACAAGUGCGAGAUGAUGUUUAUCGAAUCCGUGUGCGAUGACCCGGAUCUCAUCGCUUCGUCAAUCAAUGAGAUGAAGCUGAACUCGGCUGAUUACGCGGGUAAGACGAUGGAAGAGGCUGCUGAAGACUACAAUAGCCGCAUUAACCACUACCAGUCACUGUACGAACCGCUUGCCGCACAUCUCGAGGGUGCACCAUUUAUCAAGAUCAUUGAUGUAGGCCGCCAAAUUUUCUGCAACCAGGUGUACGGCUACUUGCAGUCGCGUAUUAUGUUCCUAAUGGCCAACUUAAACUUGAAGCCACGACCGAUCUGGUUGAGUCGUCACGGCGAGAGUAUGUACAACAUGCAGAAGCGUAUUGGUGGCGAUUCGCCUCUUAGUCCUCUAGGUGUGCAGUAUGCCGAACAACUAGACCGGUUUGUUGACGCAUAUUAUCCAACGCCUGACACAGAACUGGCAGUAUGGACGUCGACGAUGCUACGUACGGGAAUGACAGUGGAACGAAUUGCGGCUCGUGGGCGAUCGAUUGUGAAGUGGAAGCAGCUAGAUGAGAUCGAUGCCGGUAUAUGUGAUGGCAUGACAUAUGAGCAGGUAGCUGAGGAGAUGCCAGAGGAAUAUUUGGCACGCAAGAACAACAAACUACACUAUCGCUAUCCGCGUGGCGAGUCAUAUCAGGACGUGAUCCAUCGUCUCGAGCCGGUGAUCACGGAGCUGAUGCGGAUGGGUAAGCCUGUGCUGAUCGUGGCGCACCAGGCUAUACUUCGUGUAUUGUACGCUUAUCUUACAAACAAGUCUCCGCACGAGUGCCCCACGCUCAAUAUCCCAUUACACGUGGUCAUUCAAGUCACCCCCAAGGCUUACAAUUGUGAGGAAGUGUGGCAUCGUCCUAUGUAA